CGAUGGGAGUUGUUCUUCAUAUCUACAUUAAUGCGAACGCUCGGGCGUCACUUGAACCCUAGGCUUUUGAUGGGCUGGGCCAAGGUUUUAGGACUGGUGGGCUGGGCCGAGCUUGGAAGAUAUGCUCGUUUAAUAAAUAGGAUCGACUCGAGCAUGGUGUAAUGCUAUCUUUUGUACAUUAAUGUUUCUGUACAAGCUUUUUAUUUAUUUAUUUUUUGCUGAAACAGAUGAUUCAUACAGUUUUUAUAUAAAUACAUCCAAUAAAAUUAAAAAAUAAUAAAUUUUGGAGCGUUCGAGAUAACUCUCAUUUUCCGACCUAUAUGGUGCCUUCACAGUCACUAGCCAUAUAUAAAGCCAUUUAAUUUGCGACUUUAUUUGUCUCUCUAAAAAUAUGCAUGGGUUUGAAAACUAUUAUUAUUAGAGCCAAAAUAUCUUCUUUCUCUCUGUCGAUGCAUGAUUUGACUUCAAAAAAAUCAUUAUUUAUGAAAAAAAAAACUUGUCAUCAAAAAAAAAAUUCCAUUCCCAUUCCAUGGGCUUGCCAACUUUUCCAACGCUCUUGGCCGACCGAACCAAUGCAUCUUUCCCCUCUCUCUCUCUCUCUCGGCGACUAGAGAAUUCCAAGCCCCAUCGUCUGCGCCACUCCCCACUCUCUAUUUCCCCUUUAUCCCUACUUUAUGUCCGUCUCACGCUAUCCUCCGCAAUUUCCUCCUCUUUUCCCUCCCUCUUCCCGUCCACCAAUCCUAGUGAACUCCUCCCAGGAUUUCGCCUCCAAACGAGCUCCCUCUCCGAAUUCCUCACCGCCCGAGCCUCUCCCCGGGAUCCCCUUCUCUUCAUCGUACCUCAGCCCAAUCUCUCUCUAGAUCCACCCCUCUCUCUCUCUCACACACACACAGACACUUUACGAGCUGCAUUCUAUUGCCGGAUUAGUAUUCUCACGUAGCUAAUUCGCUGUCUAAUUCAUAUAAAUGCGAAAAAAUUCGCAAAUCUGGACGUUGACAUCGCGGUUAGAUCUUUGAAAACAUCCGUAUAACCAGUCACUGGCAAGAAGAUCGGAUUUGGUUAUCAUGGGUCGUUUGAUCGGCAAGCAGGACUCCCCCCGGUCGCCGCCGCAGAUUGCCCGGCCAUGGCCCGAGUUCCUGGAGGUCGGCGUCGUCCCGCAGAUGAACGCUCUGGAGAUCCUGAGGGAGACGGCGAGGAUCCUCCGCACCGAUCCUUCCACUUUCAUGACAAUUCUUGGCCUCCUCAUCUGCCCUGUUUCCGCCGCUUUGCUCUCCAACAACCUCGUUGAUGCCGCCGUCGUCGGCGCCGUCUCGCACCGCCUCAUCCUAUUAGCUGUCACCAGCGGCCUCCCUCUCACCCAUUUCCUCAAACAGAUGUGCCACCAUUUGGCUGGUACGGUUGUUUCCUCUGCCUUCUGUUUCCCUCUCUUACUCACGUUCCUUCUCCUUGCCCGCGCUUCCAUUGUCUACUCUGUCGCCUGCUCGUAUGCCAGCAAGAAGGUCGUGGCUUUGGAGUUCUUCGGGACCGUGCACCGGAUUUGGAGGCGCCUUGUAUCGACCUAUAUCUGGAUCUGUGUCUCAAUUUCUGGCUGCUUGGCUCUGUUUCUCGCCCUCCUAGUCAUGGUCUGCAAUGCAUUUGCUGCUCUUGGUUACCCUCCGGAGAUCGUCGUCUACCCGGCUUUGUUCACAGUGUUGGUCUUCUCGAUGGUGUAUGCCCACACGAUCAUUGUCUGCAAUCUCGCCACCGUGAUCUCCAUCCUGGAGGAUGUCUGGGGGCCGCAGGCUCUGGUUCGGUCGGUGCACUUGAUCAAGGGUCAGACGCAGGCAGGGCUGCUGAUAUUUCUUGGGUCGACAAUUGGGAUGGCUUUUGUGGAAGGGCUAUUUGAGCACAGAGUGAAGACAUUGAGCUAUGGAGAUGGGUCGUCGCGGCUGUGGGAGGGGCCUCUGCUGGUCCUCAUGUAUUCCUUUGUGGUGCUUGUCGAUUCUAUGAUGAGUGCAGUCUUCUACUUCACUUGUAGAUCUUCUACCAUGGAAGUGUUGGAUGGUGAUGACCAUUCCCUGGAACAACUAGAAAAGAUUUCUAUUGAGCUAGUGGAUGUUAAAUAAUGCUAUAUUUGGGGAAAAUGAUCCUUUUCAGCAUCAUUUUCGCUGGGGUAAUAAACAGCAAGAAAAGCCAGGACUGCAGAGGGUAUAACUGCAGCGGUUGGUCUCGCAAAAUUUCAAAGAGGAAGCAUUUCACCCUUAAUUCAUGGUGGAUGGACAGCUUUGAUGCGAACUUUUUGGUGGAAGUGGGAGAAUUAAGAAGCUCGAUACAACCUGAAGAAUGCAACCCUUUGUGUACGGGGUAUCAUAUAAAUGAAAGUUUCAGUAUAGAGUCUAAUUUGACAUUUUUUGUUAUCCUCGGACUUCUUUUUUUCAUUACUGAUAUAAACAUGCCUUGCAUUUUUAAGAAGGUCUUUGAUCUUUUGUAUUCCACACUUCUUGCAAGGUCGGAGUCAGAUAAUAAUUUGAGUUUUUUUUUAUUGUUAAACCACCAGAAUGAUUAUUAAUUGAGACAUCCUGUUGAAAACUGAUUCCUUGAGUUCAUGUCAAAUUUCACCUUUUGA